AUGCUGCCUACAUCAACAUGGCAGUGUAUGUGCGUGGUUUUAUUCGUUCUUUGCAGGCUUGUAGCGGAUUCCUACGGAAUUAAAACCGCUAGAAUUACAAAUGGGACGGUAUUAAGUGCUCACAGACAUCUCAAAGUCUUGCCGAAAUAUGAGCGCACAUUUAUUGCCAGUGGUUUGGUGUCAGCUGAUUCCAAGGUAAAUGGACGUCAUGGAAGGAAUUCCGCACAUUGUACCACUUUGAGUGUCAACAAUAAGAGGUGCGCAGGCCAUUUAUCUCUCUGCGCUGGUGCAGGUAAUUUAUUUCAUGGGUUGGAAGACCGUGCAAAGACACUGGCAAAAAAUGUCAACGAUUGUGUCCGCCGGUUACGUUACAAGUUAAUUAGAAAUAAAUGGUGUCAGAAGGCACAAUGCUGUAUCUACAAGGUAAAGCAAAAAUUGGUCAACCUUUCGACUGCAGAACAAAUUAUGUUGGCCAUUCUCGGUAAAUGGAUUUAUGCCUUCGCCCUGCCUGGAUUCCAUAUACUUUCACCAUACCAGCUGAUUCCAAUAACGUCUGGAUUCGGUGUAGACAUAGGUUUGGACACCAUUGUAUCAAUAGGAUCGUAUUACGUGUUAAGGAAUUCCCUUAAUCCUCCCGAAAAUCAAGUGGCUGUUAGCGCAAAAGAAAAAUUGAUUAUUCCUCUCAUAGCCACGGGUCUUUUAGGAAGCUUCUAUUUAUCUGGGUAUGCAGCGGAAGCAGUGGAUAAUGCUAUGUUGCUAUUUUCUGCAAUGGACUGGCCAAUCAGUGUAGCGCUGCAGCGGUCGAUGAGAAUACUGCUAAGUCACUUGAGUUGGGUGGUAAUCGGUGCCAAAAUAUUAAACUAUGUGGUGCCUCUAAAGCAAACAAAAUCCUCAUGGUUCACAGCUGACGCGAAAGAGCUCUGGGUCUACAAAGCAGUUGCAGGUUAUUACGUUUCCUGUGCACUAUACAGCAUUACCGAUAUUAUAUUCAAUGCGGCAGAAGCGAUAAGAAAGACUUUGGAUCCUGAAUUCGCUGAGGAUAGUACCGAGCUAAUGGAAAACGUGUUGAUAGAACCUGCAGAACUCAUUCCCUCCAUUAUCGCAGCCGUGGGUCCUUGCAUCACGGCACCCUGGUGGGAAGAAAUGCUUUAUCGUAUCUUCGUCUUCAAAUCGCUCAAUAUUAAACUUCCAAGGAAAAUUGCCACAUGCUUGGCGGCGCUCAUAUUUUCCGUACAUCACAUGAAUCACCGAAGUGUAUUACAGCUAUUUUCGUUGGGGGUCCUCUGGUCGUUGAUUGAACAGGGUACCAACAAUGUUUUCAUCAGCAUCGCAAUACAUUCCAUGUGGAACAUGAGAAUUAUGCUUGGCACACUGCUAGGCAAGUAA